AGCACACAAACAAUCAUGAAACUCUUGUGGGUCUUUGGUUUAGUUUGGUGGAUUAUUGUUUUGAUUAGUUGGGUGGUGGUGGAUUGUUAUUUUGAGGAAUAUUUCAAUGUAACAGAGAUUUCUCAUGUCCAGAGUUAUGGAGUGUCCCCCAAUCCUUUGAUGGUGGGUCUCUCCCUUAUCGGAGGAGCUGCUGCUAAACGAGCCGUUUGCCUGGAUGGAACAUUACCUGGUUACCACCUGCAUCGUGGAUUUGGGUCAGGAGCGAACAGCUGGCUCAUCCAAUUAGAGGGAGGAGGCUGGUGUAAUAACAUUAGAACUUGUGUUUACCGCAAAAAAACCCGCCAUGGUUCAUCAACAUAUAUGGAAAAACAGAUUCCAUUUACAGGAAUAUUGAGCAACAAAGCUGAAGAAAAUCCUGAUUUUUUCAACUGGAAUAGAGUCAAACUUCGUUAUUGUGAUGGUGCAUCCUUUAGUGGGGAUGGUCAAGAUGAGGCUGCAGGACUUAAUUUUCGAGGACAACGCAUCUGGUUAACUGGCAUGGAAGAUUUAAUGUUGAAGGGAAUGCGACAUGCUAACCAGGCUCUUCUAUCUGGUUGCUCUGCUGGGGGUCUGGCAAGUAUACUACAUGAUGAGUUUCGAGCACUAUUUCCUAGAACUACAAAAGUCAAAUGCCUGAGUGAUGCUGGAUUAUUUCUUGAUGUGAAUGAUGUAUCUGGCAGGCGAACCAUAAGAAAUAUGUUUGGAGGUGUGGUUAGCUUACAGGGUGUGCAAAAGAACCUGCCACGGACUUGUACUAACCGCAUGGAUCCGACUUCGUGCUUCUUUCCUCAAAACUUAAUCGCCAACAUUAAGACACCACUUUUUCUCCUAAAUGGAGCCUAUGAUGCAUGGCAGCUCCAAGCCAGUUUAGCUCCACCAUCAGCUGACCCGAAUGGUUAUUGGCAUGAAUGUAAAUUGAAUCAUGCACACUGUACUGCAUCACAGAUACGAUUUCUCCAAGGCUUCAGGAACCAAAUGCUCAAUGCUGUAAAAAGCUUCUCAAUGUCCAGGGGAAAUGGUUUGUUCAUAAAUUCAUGUUUUGCUCACUGCCAGAGUGAAAGACAGGAUACAUGGUUCGCUGAUGAUUCACCCCUUAUGGGGAACAAGGGGAUUGCACAAUCUGUUGGUGACUGGUAUUUUGACCGGGAAGGAGUUAAGGCAAUCGACUGUCCAUAUCCUUGUGACAAGACCUGUCACAAUCUGAUAUUCAAACAAGUAAGAAAUAAUUGAUUGGUUUUCUAUGGCUUCUCCCCUAUUUAUUUUAAACAAUUAUGUAUCAUUCAAAAAACACUUGGUGGUUACUAAGGCCUGUGGCUGCAAAAGAUGGUGAUAGGCAAGCUGCUUGCACACUUAAUGUAGGGUUGCACUUUAGCUAUUGGUGGGUAUGUCAGAUAUCUCCAAAUUAGGUUCUCUACUUG